CAGACGCGUACAACCAAUUAAGCUGCGAACACCUCGUUUUUGCGCUCUUAAGUUGUGGACAUCAUCGGAAAGCAGCAUUGUCAUCUUUCGUUGGGUGGAUAUCGCCGUGCAAAGACCUGUUCAGUUACAGUGCAAGUGUUCAAAAUAUUCCGUGUCCUACGCAAGCUUGACUCACUGGCUGGAACAAAGUUAGGUAAUAUACGCAUCACCAAACUGGACAAGGUCUUCGAUCUGCUCAGUCACUCGACAUCGUCGAAAUCGCGCGGUUCCGGUUAAGUUGACGGGUUGCAUAUAUUGAGUAAUAGGCCUUGUUUCAGUGUGAUAGCCAGGGAACUCCGCGAACGUUAACGCAAAUUGCAAAUCAAAGUGUAAUGAAGAGAAGAGAGCGAUGAGAUAACUUAUCGAAAGCUAUCGCUGGUGCCGACGAGGUCGCUUUUAUUCGUAGCGCAGAGCUUUUGCAGAAAGUGAAUUUGUUGCACUCAGGAGUUCGCCAAAGAGAAAUUUUCAAGUGUUCGAGUCUUACGCGGAAAUACGAGCAUGGGUGAGGGCGGUGGCGGCACCACAAUGCGAAAAAUGAGGUUAAACUGUUUGGUGCUACUGCUGACGAUUGUUUGGAGCGUUACGCUGCAGUUGAUAGCACGAGUUGAUGGGAUUUAUGUGGUGGAGAAAGCCGGCCGGAAAUCGUACGUGAAGCUCAGUCCCGCACAGUGGACCGAACCGGACGAUGGCGGACUGUGGUCAUCCCUGCUUGAGGAAUAUACACUUGGUUUCAAUUCAUCCUACCGUAGCCCACGUGUGAUGCAGGCGACAGCCGCGGUCGUCAGUCAAACGCACCAGUAUAUUCCCGCUUCUAGCUUCUACAUCAAUAAACGUGUCGGGGAAGCCGUCGAACUGAGUUCGCCCACGGCGAAAGUCAUAGGGCCAUCUGGGUAUGCCGAGAAUCAGCUGAAUCCUCCUAGCGGGCAGAAUACUUUUACGCCCAUGCGUCAAACUUUCGGUGGCGCCAGUCCAACCGAGCUGCUCGCAUCCCCCCGGGAGGUAUCGGAAACGGAUCUGUAUCUGCUGGGUGCGAUCGAAAAGUUAGUCUACCGUGUAGAUUACAUGGAAGGUCGCCUACGGCGGGCAGAGCAGAUCAUUUACUAUUUGAUGGCGGGGAACAAUCAGAAAAUAGAAACAUGUCCGGAUAAUUUCACCAGAGUACACGAUAUUUGCUAUCAUUUUGGGAUCGAACGAGGCCUCAACUGGAAGUCAGCGAGUACACUGUGCAAAUCAUAUGGAGGCCAUCUGGCAGAAUUUGAAACAAGUACCGAAUUCCAGGAUGUGGUUGCUUACAUAUUAAACAAUCAGGCGAACCGAGGAAAAGAAUACUGGCUAGGUGGGCUUAAUCCCGGCUUAUUAUGGAUAUGGACUCAAUCGGCCAAACCUGUCAAUCCGAAUACCAAUCUAACGUCGAUAACGGCCGGUAGCAAAAUGUCAACAUCUUCCUCAAGUACAACGACAACGACGAGUAAACCUGAUUCCAAGCGGGAGGGAAUCAAAAUCGUAAACAACAAGCCCCAGAAGCAAAUGGAACCCAUUCUGGAGAUCACCGGUUCUGGUCGAUGUCUGAAGUUGUCAUACAAUGGUGCUCUGUACACCUACCACUAUACUGGACAGGAUUGCUCGUCACGAUACAAUUACAUUUGCGAACUGAAAAACAAAUCCCUGGAUAACGAAAUUUCGCGCAUAGCGAAACAGUUGGAACUGGAUUAGGAAUUAAAACAAAUUUAGUUUAAAUAUAUUUAUUUAACAAUUAAUUUAUUGACAAUAAACUCGAAUAAAGCUACAA